AUGUCGUCGGGGUACAAAGGGUUCAAGUCUUGGGGGGGACAAGAGUGCCCGUCGCUUAAGCCUGGCGAGUCGUACGACGCCCGCGCGACAAAGUUCAGUCAGAUGGGAUCCAACAUUGUUCAAAACCAGGCUACCAACACCGCCAUUCGCAUCGUGAACCCGUCGUUUGAGGCGGUGACACGAAGCCACUUUGGCCACGUCACCAAGCAUGACUACGAAAACCCAGCUCGCCCAGCGUCGCGGGGCCGCGAGAUUGCGAAUUCGAGGACCUUUCUCGGCCAAACGCUGUAUCAAAAUGACUUUUUGAACUUUCAGGACGAAGGUCGACGCAUCGCAGCGCUGCCGGCGGCGGUGUAUGCAGCCUCGUUCGACCAGUUGGCCACAGUGCCCAACCAGGACCCAACGCCUUCGGACAGCGACCUGUUUAAGCUAAAGCGACUGGCUCGUGACGACGUCAAGACUCUGCUGCGUCAAGUGUACGGCAAACCCCCCACGUCUCGCAUUCUAGAGAUUUACGCUCAUAUGUUCGACGCCUGCCCGGAUGGGUUCAUCUCAUGGGACGUGUUCCAAGAAGCGGUCGCGCGCCUUGCAAGCUUUUUGUUGCACCAGACGAUCAAAAUCAGCGGGCAGGCGGGGUGGUUCGACUUUGUCGCGGCUAAGCAGAUGCUCCCUGGUGGCACCCCGGCCAGCAGCCACCAAUUGGAUUUUGGAACUUACGGCAGCGAACCCCUGGCGAGGCCGUAUAUCGGUCGCACGAAUGGGAUGGCAUCGACCACGACCGACUUGUUUGAUGGCACGACCAAAGCCACGUUCCACAUUCCGCGGUACCAAGGGUUUAUCCCCCAGACAAAGUACAACCCCACGGCAGUUGCGCAAGGGGAUGGCGAGCAGACGCGAGGAAAAGAGGAGGAUCUUCGACUGUAUCACUUGAACAACUUGCCGGGGUACACGGGCCAUAAGCCCGUGGACAGCAAAAACGUACGAGGGGAGGCGAAAACAGGCACCGACAGUCGCACGACCAACGGGUUUGUAUACAAGCCCCAUAAUCUUAAUGUACACAACAAGACAGGUGCGCAAAAGCUGUGGAACAUCGUCCAGUUGUUCCUGCUCACUUCUGUUCCUUCUUUGCGAGCCCGCGUCUUCCUCUUUGUGUUCAUUAUGGCCGGGACGCUUGGCCUAGCAUCCCUGUCCCCAGUCCAACACCUCCUUGCUCGCAUGGUCCGUGGCAAACUGGCUCAUGGCGCAAUCGCUCUGGUUGCUGCUGACUCUGCUGUGCAUCGCUGCACUAUGCAGCGGAUCUGGAAAAGUGCUUCAGUGGAUCUGAAUGACCCUCGUCGUCCGUGCAAGGACCCAACGUCACGGAUGAAGGCGCGCGUAGGGCGAAAGGCUUUCCAUCGCUCUGUUGCCGAUCGGUUGCGGGAAAUCCCCAAGAAUCGACGUACGACGAUCCGGUCUGUUGGAGCAGCGAUGGGAACAUCGCGAUCGUCUUUGCAUCGGUACUACAAGCGAGGGGUUUUCGUCAAAUACUUGGGUGUGGUGAAGCCAGCAUUGACGGAAGCCAACAAGAUCGUACGUCUCAAGUGGGCAUUGGACUCUGUCCAAACCAACGCAGCUGGCGGAUUCAACUUUAGCGACAUGAUGGACACCGUGCAUGUUGAUGAGAAGAUGUUUUUCGCCACCUGCGUCAAGAAGACGUUCUACCUUGCACCUGGCGAGGAACCGCCCCACAGAACCGCCAAGUCCAAACGACAUAUCAUCAAGGUCAUGUUCUUGUCGGCUGUCGCACGUCCACGUUGGGACUAUGAGAAGAAUCAAUGGUUCGACGGCAAGAUCGGCAUGUGGCAGUUUACCGAGUGGGUCCCAGCCAAGCGAACCAGUCGUCGUAGAGUGGCUGGGACAAUGGUGAUGACACCGGUAAGUGUGACGCAUGCUGUUUACAAGGCCAUGCUGAUUGACCACGUCAUCCCAACCAUCAAGGCACUCUGGCCAAAGCACGAGUCACGACGAAUCAUGAUACAACAAGACAACGCCCGUCCGCAUGUGGCGCCUUUGGACUCAGACAUCGUGGCCGCCUGUGCUGCUGGUGGCUAAGAGAUUAGUCUCGUGUAUCAGCCCCCCAACUCACCCGACAUGAAUGUGUUGGAGCUUGGCUUUUUUCGCGCGAUUCAGUCCGUGCAGGGGCAUAACUUUUCUCGAAGCCUCGUGGAUAUUGUCAAGUCCACCAACCUCGCAGUGGCCGAAGUCGACAGCGCGAGUUUGAAUGCGAACUUUUGACUCUGCAGUCGUGUCUGCUGGAAGUCGUGCGUCAUGAAGGAAACAACGACUACAAGAUUCCCCACAUGAAGAAAUCAGCGUUAUUGGCGAGAGGGCAAUUGCCUGUGUCAGUGGCUGUUGACGUUGGUACCAUCAAUGAUGGUAUGCGAUUGUUGAGUGAUUGCGACCUUUCCAAUAUGAUUAUUGAAUUGGCCAACGACGUAGCCAAGGACUUAGCUAUGAGUGAGUUUUGCACGGAAUUGGAACAGCUUGACCUUGAAGUGGACGAUGUCGACGACGAGGUUGAUAUCUCGAGAAUUCUGGAUUUAAACAUUGAAUAAUAAUAUCUUGC